AUGGCAAAAAAUGAUGUUUUGAUUCAUAGCCAAACAUCAUCUCUACGAGCUUUGGAGAAUCAAGUUGGACAAAUAACGAAUGCAUUGAACUCGAGAACACAAGGGACCUUUCCUAGUGAUACAGAGAAUGCAAGACCACAUGGGAAAGAACAUUAUAAAGCUAUCACCUUGAGAAGUGGUACACAAUUAGACAGAGCUGACAAGAAUGUUGUGGUUGAAGUUGCAAACUCAAUACCUGACAAUAGAAAAACUUCUGCACAACCCAAGACGAGCUCCAAAAAUGAGAAAGUUGGGGACAAAAAUGCUGAAGCAAACUCAGACAGCUCUAAUGCACAUAAUGCCCAAGCAAAAUAUGCUCUGCCACUUGAUGUUCACCCACCUCCACCAUUUCCUUUGGUGGAAGCAUUGGAACGUAUGCCCAACUAUGUUAUGUUUAUGAAAUACUUACUUUUGAAGAAGAAACGAUUGGGAGAAUUCGAAGCACUAACUGUAGGGUGCACUUUCAUGCUCACAAAUAAACUACCUCCAAAGUUAAAGGAUCCAGGGAGCUUCACAAUACUUUACUCAAUUGGUAACCAGUAUGUUUGGAAUGCUUUAUUUGAUUUAGGAGCAAGCAUAAACCUUAUGCCUUUGUUUGUAUUCAAAAAGCUAGGAAUUGGUGAAGCACGAUCUACCAUUGUGACCUUGCAAUUGGCAUAUCAGUCAUAUGCUCAUCCAGAAGGUAAAAUAGAGGAUGUCUUGUUGAAGGUAGACAAGUUCAUUUUCCACGUUGAUUUCUUUGUGUAA